AGCCCGCUGGGGUGAGGUCCCUGUGAGAUGCGCCAUGCCCAUGAGGCAGGGAUGGGAAGGGGGUCCCGCUCCAAACGCCCCACGCUUCCUCCCCUGCAGGGUUCCCCGUCCCUGUAGGACACGCGGCAGACACGGCGGCGCAUCCCUUCGCCCGCCUUUCUCUCCGGGCUCAUUGUGAGCAGCCAUCACAUCAGGAGGGAGGCGGGGAGGAGGCAGUCCGGCUCGGCUCAGCGGCUCCUCUCCAGCCUCAGCGCCUGGGAGCAAUAUCUGCCCCCCUGCCCGGCGAGGGGCUGGGGCAGCUCCCCCCUCCCCAGCACCUCCUCGCCCCCCUCGAUCCCCUCGACCCCUCCGGUCAGCGGGAGAGGGAAGGGAGCAAGGGGGGGAGGAGGGAGAUGGAGAGGCUGAAGGCAAGCGACCGCUGCUUCCCCAGGAUGGGCUGAGGGAGAUGAAGACCUCCCCGGCCCCUUCCCCUGCCCGGUGGGGAUCGGACCCUGCCCGCCUGGUGGGGUGAUGCCUGGGCACCCUGGGUGCACACCGCGGCUGUCACAGAUGUCCCCCCGGCCACCGCUGCCCUGCGCUCAGCCGCUCCCGCCUCUCGCUCGCCUCCUCUCUCCCCCUAUUUAUUAUUUACAGGGGAUUACGGCCCCUGGCCCACGCCGCCCCCCGAGCGCUCAGCUCCUGGGCCCCCUGCGUGGGCCGGCCGGCUGGCCAGCGAGCCAGCGGGCUCGUGCCAACUAGAGCCCUCCGAGAGCUCAGCUCGCCGGGGACUUGCUGCUGGAUUUGGCUUUGGGAUUGUACAGGGUUCGCUGGAAGAGCUGCCCGUCUCACAGGAGGCUCUGUCGCAGCCUGGGCACGGGAGUUAAAUAGAGCACACGGAAAGCCUGCUGCCGGCAGCCAAAGUCACGCAGGGAGAGGGGAGGAAGAGGCAGUAACCGUGCGCUGCCCGGGGAGCCGGGUGGAAGUGGCAGUGGGCAGAGCCCCUCCAGGAGCAGGCAGGCAGGCUACGAGGUCGACUCCUCCGCUCCGUGGGGCCGUGCGCCAGGCUGGCUGGUGGAUGUGAAGCCACGCUGGAGAAGACAACCAUGCUGCCUGCGAGUGCCGGCCAGCGGUGGAGGAGCAGGUUCCUCAUGAGGUGGCAGGAGGCUUGCCCAGUGCUCGGCUGCUGGCUGUCGCUGUGUGCUGCAGAGUCCUUCUUUGCCUGCCCUUCCUCCUGCAAGUGCAACAGUGGCAACCUGGAAGUGGACUGUAGCGGCUUGGGCCUCUCCUCCAUCCCCUCAGACAUCCCCACGAACACCAGGACCUUCCUCUUUCUCAACAACAAACUCAGCAUCCUGCCGGGCCCGGUGUUUUCCAACCUCUCUGCCCUGCAGAGGCUGGACCUAUCCAACAACUUCUUGGACCAGCUCCCUCAGAACAUCUUCAGCGACCUGGGGAACCUGACGGAGCUGCAGCUGAGGAACAACAGCAUCCGGGCCUUGGACAAGGACCUGCUCCAGCACACGGCCCUGCUGCGCCAGCUGGAUCUCUCCAUCAAUGGCCUGGCCCAGAUACCCUCAGGCCUCUUCGACGAGCUGCCCGCUCUCCGCUCCCUCUCCCUCAGGUCCAACCGCCUGCAGAGCCUGGACAGGGUGACCUUCGAGCCGCUGACCAGCCUGCAGCAGCUCCAAGUCGGGGACAACCCCUGGGAGUGCGACUGCAACCUGCGAGACUUCAAGCACUGGAUGGAGUGGUUCUCCUACCGAGGUGGGAAAAUCGACCAGCUGGCAUGUACCCUGCCCAAGGAGCUGAAAGGGAAGGAUAUGCGAAUGGUGCCCAUGGAGAUGUUUAACUACUGCUCACAGCUGGAUGACGAGAACAGCUCUACCGUGCUGGACAAUACUGGCCCACCCUGCACAAAAGGCAGCCCGACUCCUUCCAAAUCGAAAUCGGGCCCAGAAGCAGAGGUGGAGCCCAGCGUGGGGUGCCCUCAGAAGCAGCGGUACAGGCCUGUGAGCGUGCGCCGGGCUAUUGGCACUGUGAUCAUCGCUGGGGUGGUUUGCGGCAUUGUUUGCAUCAUGAUGGUGGUGGCAGCUGCUUACGGCUGCAUCUACGCCUCCCUCAUGGCCAAGUAUCACCGGGAGCUGAAGAAGAGGCAGCCGCUGAUGGGCGACACAGAGGGGGAACACGAAGAGCAAAAACAAAUCUCUUCCGUGGCGUGAAACUCUUCUAGGAAGGAAGGGACAGCGAUGAACAAAGGUACCGGAGAGCAGUCGAGCAUGGGGUCCUCCCAAAAUACAUCUUCCCAGACAAAAAGACAGACUGUGCUAUUGCUCCACUCACCCAAGCAGUGCAACAUGCUUCUGGGGGGUCAGGGCACCUGACUCUAAUCUCUGUUCCUCUGCCCCAGGCCCAUUUUGUGCCCUUUCACCCUUGGGCCCAGACAAAUAAAGUAGAGUCAGACCUCGAGUGCUUGCUGUGCCUCAUGCUCUCGCACAGAGCUUCCCUCACAUGCCUGCUGUGGAGGCAGCUGGCACCUCCUGGGAACCUGUGUCAUCCUCUCAGCUUCAGUCGUGAGCUGUCCUCUAUCCUGUCAAGAGCUGGCUGCAAACAGAGGGAGCAACUCUGUGAAAGCUUGCGUGAGGAGCAGGACACCCAAAGUGUCCGUGCCUCAUCGUUUAGGGUAACUGCUGCUGUGUGAUGGUAACUUGCUGCCCACAGUACGGCUAAGAGAGCAUCAGAAGGGAGGGAAGGUCCCUUGGGGGUGAUAACAGGCAGAGGGAGAUUGUCCUUGGCUCUUUUAAAGGUGGAGAUACCACUAACAUGCUGCCGGAGAGCACAGUGUCCCUCUUGUUGCUCCUGGCCAACUCCAAAUCUGCCAGCGGCCACAUCAUCCAUUCCAGGUGCAGGGACACAGAGCCAGCCUCCUGUACACGCUUCCUGACUCGUUCUGAUCCUAAUGCACACGCACAGCCUCAGCUCCACCUCAUCUGUGCGUGCAGAGCCACAUGUGCACACGCUGAUCUGCCCCGUGCAUGCAGCCACGAACACAUUUAGCCACUGUACCUUACUCUUAGCAUAACGCUGCGCAGGACCUUCUGCUUUGGAUGAAACCCAUGAACUCUGCCACUGAGGAGCUACCACAAAACAUCUCACCAUAGUGCAGAGCCAGUGGAAACGGGCAGGAGAGGACAGGGAGAGGCAGAGUUAUUAAGGUCAGAGCAUGAGUCAGUGGAAAUGACUACACAGCAUGAAAAAAAACGGCAUUUUUGUUAUCUUUUGUAUGUUUUCUGCGAUAAAAAGAGAAGGUAAAGAUAGGAAGCCUCCAUUCGGAAACGUUUGAUAGGCACAGCAGAUGUAGGCCAUCAGGAAAGACACAGAGGAGAACGUGGCUCACUGAGAGUGCUGGGGUCGUGUGGGCGCAGGGGGAGGUGGCAGGAGAAGAAGAAACGCAGCCUGAGAGCCAGCAUUGCUGGUGACUUCAUUGGGGUGACUUCUGUAGGGUCCUGAAGUGAAGGCUGAAACCUGGACCACAGCGUGGCACCGGUGAGAGAGCCCACGAUGGGGCUGAGGUGGCACACAACACAGCCCCCAGACGCUCACCUCACCACUGCCAUGCUCACCUGCCACCCACAUCUGCACGAGCGUGCCCGUGCACACGCCUGUGCGUGCAGGGUGACUUUCCCCAACCCAGAUCUUAAAAGCCCGCAGACUGCAGUGCCUCCUAUUAGUCUCAGCUCUUUUCAGCCUGACAGGAAAGGGGAAAAAAAAAUAAUAAUAAAGAAGUGAGAGGGGGAAAAAAUGAAAGGAACCCAACAUAAGGACUCGUUUUGUAGCACUGGAAGUGGGAUAAAAUGCUGUCUCCAGGGGAGAGCGCACAUUGCCAUGGUAACCUGCUCUAACCCGUCACAGUGGGUAUUCCUGGGCGAGGAAGAUGACACCGGAGGUCGUGCAUCCGCAGUGCCUGGGGAUGGUGUGAUGCUCGCCGUCAGGAACCAGGCUGGCAGCGAGCCCAGCUUGGCAGGGGGCUUUUGUGAGGCACCUGUGCUCAGAGGGCAGCAGGCACUGCAGGUGGGCCCUGCCAGGGCACGUCAGCUCUUCCUCCUGCUCCAGCUGGAUCCCCAAGCCUUCGGACACCUCCCGGCCCCCCUGCUCGCUGCUGCUGGACCCCUGUGGGAGUGAUACCCGCCGGCUCCUCACCCCUUCUGGUCCCGGACAGGUUGUUGUGCUGACCCACGGGCACGCUGUGCCAAGCCUUUAAUCAAAGCCUGGCAAAAUCCCUCCUGGCCUACCCAGGGCCAGCAGAGGCAAAGAGACGGGAUGCUCUGGACUGUUUUGGCAUGACUUCCCUUUGACACGGGGCUGCACGGGACAGAGGAGGAUGCUCUGCAGGAAGCAGAAGCUCAGGCUGCCCUGGAAGAAGGCCUGGGAGAAGCAGUCCACCCACGAGCACUUGCACACAGCGCACCCCCCUCUCCCAGCACACCGCUCAUGGGGAAGAGGAGGAGGAGGAGGAGGAGGAGGAGGGGGGCUGGCGAGAUGUGAGGAGGAAGGACUCUUCCCCCAUGCACUGUACAGGCACUCAAACCAUCCCAUCUGCUGCAGCCCCAGCCCGCUCUGAAGGGCAGAACUGGUGCACUGCAGCCUCCUUAUGUGUGUUACUGCUGCUCCACAUUCCCAGCAAGCUGGGACUAGACUGCCUGCUGGAUCCAAAUCCCCCCACCGCCUCCCUCUCAGGGGAACUUCUCCCUUUACCAUCCUGGACUCCGCAAUCAUACUUGAAACGGGACUUGAGUCAGAGCGGUAUAUUUAUAGAUCUAUAUUUUACUUGCAUCAAAUAAUGGUGAAACAUUGCACAAAACCAAUGGGAUCUAUGUGUGUGUGUGUGUGUGUGUGUGUGAGUGAGCAAGAGAGAGAGUGAGAGAGAUUGUUUUUAAGGAGAUAGACUAGAGGUGACAUGAGUAGGAGGGAGGCAGGGGACAGUGCAGGGGCUGGGGAAGGGGGAAAUCCUCCUGACUCUGCACCUUCCCUGUGACCACCUCCUGUCCCGACCAAUUUUUCUUUGUUGCUAAUAAUAUUUUCUAUAUCUUGUGUUGUGGGGCUGACGACGACCUCGCCCAUCCUUUCCUAUUUGUUUUCAUUUCGAAGGCAGAAAGCCUGGAUUCAUCUCAACCCUAGGCGAGGGACUGCUAUGUUUAGAAACCCACCCAGGAACGAAGAAGACAGGGAAGGGGAGAAAAGAGUUGCUGAGAAACACGAAGGCUGGAUGCUACGGGGAGUCCCGCUGCAAAGCAAGUGGAAGGACAAGGAGCUGUCCUCUUCCACGCAGAGCAGAGUAAUGGGGUUCCCUGGGAAAUGCCCUCUUUGUACCACUGCUGGCAAACAGGCUCUUAAUCUCUUUCCUAGCACCCCUGGGAAGCAGGGGCUCCCAGUGCCCCUGCAGGCACGGCUAAGCAUGGGGCAACCCCCAGUAAAGCCACCCUUUGCCCCAGGCAGGGCCACCGAUGCCAAGAGGAUGUACCAGCCCUCAGGAAAAGGUCUUGUGGAGCAGGCAGAUCCAACCAACAGGCCGGGGCCGUGUGUCCCUUAGGGGCUGGCAAGCCCACCAGAAACACCCCUUCUGCUCCCCGCCACCCCCUGGCCCCACACACCCACCUGUGGUACAGGCAGGCACAUUUCCUGCAGGGAACAGAUGGCACGUGUAAUUCCUUUUUCUUUUUGUUACUGUUUGAGGAAGAGCAACAAGAUUUUCUAAAACGACUGAAUGGAGGUUUCUUUGGCAUGAGACAGAUCAUUUUUAAAGGUAUAUUAUAUUUCUGGCUUGUUGUUACAGAAGAAUAAUAAAGAAUGUAUUUUCCUAUG